AUGAACCAGUGUCCUCUUCCUCUGAUAACAACGUCAGACUACAUACCCAAUGAACUAUUAAUUGAAAUUCUUGCAAGACUACCUGUGGAUUCUCUACUUCGAUUCACAUCUGUCUGCAAAUCAUGGUACUCUCUCAUCACAAGCCCUAGUUUCAUCACCAAACACAUCAAUCAAACUAUUACAGACAGGAAAAGUAACAGUGACAAGCUUAUCCUUAGACUUUUCACUGAUAAUGUUUUGUGCCCUGAUGAUGAAAAUUUUCCUGAUGGUUACUUACCUUUCCCAUUCAAAAGCCCAAAUGGGUAUUUUAGGAUAUUUGGUAGUUGCAUUGGAUUGUUAUGUUUAUGUGAUGAUUAUUAUGAUAAUUCCCAUGAUCAUUUUUAUGGUGCCAUUGGUGAUGCUUCCCAAAUUGUUCUAUGGAACCCAUCAAUUGGAAAAUCGGUAACUAUCUGUAUGCCUUGUAAGCCACGGGGCUGCUAUAUGUUUGUUCUUGGAUUUGGUGCUCACCCCACAACUCAUGAGUACAAGGUGGUAAGGCUUGUGUAUUUGAUUACCUAUUCUUCUCAUUUCGCUCCCAAGGUUGAGCUUUUCACGCAAGGCACAGGGUUAUGGAGAUGCAUUGAUUCUGCUACUCCUCCACAUUGUAUGGUUGAAUUUAUGUGGUCUCAGGCUUUUGUGAACGGAGCUGUACAUUGGGUUGCAUUUGAUCCGUGUGUGGUGGAUGGUUUUCGCAAUUUAAUAUUGUCAUUCAAUAUGGGUACUGAAGCCUUCUCUGAGAUGAUGCUACCUCCUACUUUAGCCGAUGAACAUCCAUCAUGCUUGUCCGUUAAAUUAUUUGGAGAAUCAUUGGCUGUGUUUUGGAGCGGACAAAUUAGCGCAGGUUUUUGCUGCAUAUGGGUGAUGAAAGAAUAUGGAGAUGCGGAAUCUUGGACUAAACUAUUCAGUAUAAAUCUACCGGAUGUGUUGGACAAGACAUUGGGAUUUAGAAAGAAUGGUGAAGAUCUAUUAUCAACAAAUGAGAACUGGUUGCUUUCUUAUCACCCUAGAACCCAAAAAAUGACAAAUACUGGAAUUGUAGGGAAUUCUUACUCACUUAAUGUGGAUGUUUUCAUGGCAACCCUAGUUUUAGUGAAAGGUGAAAAUGGUGUCUGA